AUGUCAGGGAGAAAUAUAAUCGUUGUUAGGCAUGGAGAAAGAUGUGACUUUGUCUUCAGCACUGGAGGAGAAUCGUGGAUACGAAGAGCUUUUGACUGCAACGGAAGAUACUGUCCAGUGGAUAUAAACAUGCCACGAAUAGUGCCGAAAAGGAAGGAUGGGUGGAAACACUUUGCAUUUGACGCUCCUCUCACCGAAAUGGGAUACAUACAGUCAAAAUUAACAGGUAGAGCUUUGCGAGACUCUGGUGUAAAAAUUGACUUUGUCUACUGCUCAUCGGCCCUUCGUUGCGUACAAACGGCUGUUGGUAUCAUAAAAGGACUCGGCAUGACAACGCUGAUAAAUGUCGAACCGGGCCUUUUUGAAUGGAUGCAGUGGUGCAAAGGCAGUCGUCCAAGUUGGAUGCAAGCCGAAGAACUGAGGAAGUCCGGAUAUUCCAUUAAUGUUGACUAUGUACCGAUCUUUAAAGAAUCAGAUUUGCAACUAAAUGAAUCACUAACAUCUUACUAUGAGCGUUCAUACUCCGUUACGAAGGAUUUGCUAAAGCGACAUCUUAGCGGUACAAUACUGAUCGUGGCGCAUGGAGCGUCCUUGGAAACUUGCACUCGGCAACUGUGCGGGUCAUGUCCACGACCUAUCGAGCAGUUCUUCUAUCUGCUGCAAAACACACCGUAUUUAGCCUGUGUACAAGUUACGGAAACUCAGUCAUUGUGGAGAAUCACCGACUCGCCGAUUGCUCCUUUAACGCAUUCUAUGAAUUCAUCAUAUGAUCCAAGGCAACUCAUAUUAUCUUCGCUCUCUUUACAAGAUCGGAUGAAAAGUAAUUCUUGA